UACGGUUUGAACCGCGAUGUUACCUAACGGUUCUACUGAUACGUCCGUUGAUAACGUUUGCUUUAGUCAACUUUCAUCGUCUGCUCCACUGCCUACUACUACGACAACACUACAGUUAGCACUUUUUAUCAUCACGACGACGACAAUAAUAUAAUAUGAUAUUGUUAUUGUGGAUUAGUGACUAAUGUUAGUUGUUAGCCCCGUUAUUUUGUUUUGUGAUUAACAAUUAUUGUGUGCAUUUCGCAGUUGAUCGCUUCUCGCUGCGGAAAUUAUAUUCUUCAAUUUCAGAAAUUUACUACCUAUUACCACGACAACAAGGAAUGGUAUGAUGCUCGACCAAGAAAAUCAGCCUAAUCUUCCAAAUGGAACAGAAUCAUCAAACAGUUCAUUUCAAGACAAGACAGUCAUAAAAAAUGAUGGUUCAGACAAUAUUUUCAGUAGCCAUGAAGAAUAUUUAGGUGAUGUGUCAUUGGGUGGUUUUAACGUUUCUCAGCUCACAAACAAAUUAGAACGUCUGGCUUUAGCUACUCCACAAGUGUCAAGGAUCAGGCCUGAUAGUAUAGUGAUUGAAGAAGAUUUUGAUCUAAAAGAACGUCCAGAUUCAGCCGAUUCAGAUAGCGAUUCUGUUGAAAACCAACAGUUGGAUAGUUUAGACUUUUCAUCAACUAUAUGCAACGAAGACAUUAAUGACUCGGGCAGUAAUAUUGAAUCAAUACAUGAAAAUUUAACAUCAGUGAACUUGGAUUUAGUUAGCUCUGAUUUUGAAGAUUCUUCUCAUAAUUUAACUCCACAUUCUUUCUCAAACAAAUCAUCAGAAGACAUAUCACAUCAAUUAAAUCCAGACUUGAACAAUUCUGCACAGAAACUAAAUAUUUUGCUAAUGGAUGGUUUAGAAUCAGAAACAAAAUUCCAGUCAAAUAUUUUUGAUACUGAAAUCAAAAAUUCUAGUGAAGCAGGACCUGUGAUAGCUGAAGGUUUCAAUUCAUCUGCUGGGUAUAAUUUUGAUAAUCUAGAAGCCCUUGAAUCUGUGAGAUCGUUAAAUGAAGAGGAUAUUAGAAGGUUAACUAUUUCCAGAAAAUCUUUAUAUGUAGCGUUUGACCCUAUUGUUAAAAAAUCUAAUGAGGCAUCUAAUGCUCGGAAAGAAGCAAUUGAAAAUGUGCUAGUCCCAGAUAAAACAUUAUUGUCUAGUUCUCCACAAUCUAGUGGUUCUAACAAAUCUCUGAACAUUUCAGACAGCAAAAUGAAUCAGUCUAUUACCAAAGAUGAUAAAAUCAGUAACAGUUCCAAUUCCAAACCUAAUGACAGAGACAAAUUUUACCAAGAUAAAAUAGAAAAGUUGGAAUGUGAAAUCAAAAACCUAAAGAAUGAAUGUAUUGCUGACAAAGAAAAAAUUAAAAACUUGACCAACUCAUUGAUAUCAGUAACUAAAAGCAAAGAUCAAUUAAGUACUGUGAUUGGAGAGUAUGAAAAAACUAUUUCUGAUAUGGUCUCUAAAAAAGAAGAUGUUCAUAAAGAAUAUGAAGCGCGUAUUGCGUAUAUUGAAGAAGAAAGAGCAAAAAUGGAACGUCACCUACAAAAUUCAGAAAUGGCAUUCAAUGAUGUUCACGAAAAAUAUAAUUCCUCAAAGCAAGUAAUAGAAGCAAUGAAAGAAAAUGAAACAAAAUAUAAAAACUGUAUUAAAGAAUUUGAAGAAUCUCUCAAAAAGUAUGAAGACAAAUACAUGAGGUUAAAAAUACAUGCCACUGAACAAAUGAAUAAAGCCACUGAAGAAAUAAAUGAUAAGGAGAGAUCAUUUGAGGCAGAAACUUCAAAAAUGAGAAUAAUGAACAAACGCUUGGAGGUGAAAGUCAGGUCAUUACAAGAGUCAUUAGAUAGGAAAGACGUGGAAAACGCUGAGCUAACUAAUCUUUGUGAUGAACUCAUAGGCAAACUAGAUAGAAACUGAAAUACCUUAGUUGCAUCCAUAUACAUUUUUUUUAGAUCUAUUUAUCUUAAUAUGUACAUUUAAUAUUACUUGAAUUAUUAUAUACUCACUAUGUUUUGUUAGUAAAAGUAAAAUACAUUUAUAUAUAACUAUACCAGCAAAGCAUAGAUCACAUACUAAACUAUUGAUUACAAUUAAUUAUAAUUUUACAUGUUAUGUACCUGUUAAAUUUAAAUUUCAAAUAUAUUAUUUAUUAUUAUUUCUUCUUCUUUUAACUAAUGAUUUUCGAGGUUGAAGAAUUUUCAUUUAUGUAUAGAAUAAUUUGUUUGGUAACAAUCUAUCAAUUUAAUUUGGACAUAUGCAGUGGAUUUUGUUUAUUUUAGUAUUAUUUGAACAAAAAACCAAAAAAUUUCAUUUUAUUAUUAUUCCUCUUUCAACAAUUAAAUUAUACGUUUUUUAGUUUUUGUUGUAAAAAAAGGUAAUCAUUGUAAUUUAUAGCUUAGCUAUAAAAUAUAAUUGGUAUAAAAAUUAAAAUAACUAAAAAUGGUUGUACGUUAUAUCUUUAAUAUCUCAAAUGUUUGUAAUUCUCUACCUAAAAAAUCAUAUAAAUUUUUUAAAUAUUUCAAAGUUGAGCUAUUUUAAUCAAUGUGUUUAUGUAUGUCAAGAAUCUUAAAAAUUAAUAUAUAUCAAUUUAAUUUUAACUUUGUUAAAUAUAAUAUGCUUUCUAAAUGUUGUAACCACUAACUUUGCAUUAAGUGUUACAUUCUCUAAUUAUUAUUAUUAUUAUUAUUAUUUGUUUUUUUCUAAUUUUACAACUAGCUAAUAAUUGUUUUUAACCUAUCUUUUUGUUAAGCAUCAUGUUUUUAACCCUUAUAUUAUUCCAUCCUAAUAUAAUAUGUAGUAAUUUUUAUUUUAAAAUUUAUCCAAGCAACAUUCUGCUGCGUUGUAUUUUUUGAGAAUUAAUUAAUACAAUACCAAUGCACAUGUUAGUUGUAAUUGUUUAAUUUUUUAACAUUGUACUUUGUAAAUAUAUCUAGGUAAAUAAAUGAUAAAAUAAUAUUGUAAACCAAG